AUGGGCAAUGUCCAGCCGCGACCCGUAGAACCCGUAAAUCGAAGAAGUAGCAUCCUGUGGAACUUCCGGUACCCGAGCACAGUGCGUCGGCGGGAAGACUUGGCCGUGAUGGUGCACAACUCGCGAAUGAGCAUAGUCGAGUGGCUGGAUCUCCUGAAUCUGCAGCAAUAUGAAGGCAACCUUCAGGAGUUCAGCAUCGUAGACGAUGUGGUGGAAAUAACGGAUAAGGAGCUCAAGAAAUGCGGUGUGCGCGGCUCUCAUCGCCAGAAAAUGGCCAAUAGUCUGCUAGGGGUGCGGGCCAAGCGGCGUCAAUCUAUGAACCUGGAAGGCAAGUCCAAAUCUAAGAUAUAG